AUGAAUAAAGAAAAAAACGAUCAAAACCAACAGUGGAAGCUACUCCCUACUACUACACCCGACGUAUACUUCAUUUCUAAAUACGUACCCGGACCGGGAGGAACGGAAAUGUGUGUCACUUGGGUUCAGUCUCAAAAAUUCUUUCAAUUAAAACCUCGAGAUUUUGCAGAUACGAAACAAUAUUUUAGGUUUGAACAGGUAUUGGGUGGGAAUACUACAUCUAUUUAUUCUGCAGAUGAUAACUCCGUAUAUGCGGUGCAUUCAGACUACUUGGUUGGUCCUGGAGCAACAGAUACUCAAUGGAGCAUUACAUCUUAG